CUUAACAUAUAGGCUAAUGGACACAUGUAAUAAGGAAGGUGGAGGUGAGCCGUCAGCGAGUGAGCCGUUAUUAAGUGAGCUUCCAUCAAGUAAGCCCUUAUUAUGUGAGCAGACAGUAAGUGAGCUGCCAGCAACUGAGCCCUUAUUAUGUGAGCAGACAGCAAAUGAGCCAUUAGUAGGUGAGCUGCCAGCAAGUGAUCCAUUAUUACGUGAGCAGACAGCAAGUGAGCCAUUAGUAUGUGAGCAAGCAGCAAGUGAGCCAUUAGUAUGUGAGCAAACAGAAAGUGAGCCAUUAUUAUGUGAGCAGGCAGCAAAUGAGCCAUUAGUAUCUGAGCUGCCAGCAAGUGAGCCAUUAGUAUGUGAGCUGCCAGCAACUGAGCCAUUAAUAUGUGAGCUGCCAGCAAAUGGGCCAUUAAUAUGUGAGCUGCCAGCAAAUGGGCCAUUAAUAUGUGAGCUGCCAGCAAAUGGGCCAUUAGUAUCUGAGCUGCCAGCAAGUGAGCCAUUAGUAUGUGAGCUGCCAGCAACUGAGCCAUUAAUAUGUGAGCUUCUGCCACCAAAUGAACUGUUAUCAUGUGAGCUGUCAGCAAGUGAGCCAUUAGCAUGUGAGCUUCCAGCAAAUGAGCCAUUAGUAUCUGAGCUGCCAGCAACUGAGCCAUUAAUAUGUGAGCUUCUGCCACCAAAUGAACUGUUAUCAUGUGAGCUGUCAGCAAGUGAGCCAUUAGCAUGUGAGCUUCCAGCAAAUGGGCCAUUAGUAUCUGAGCUGCCAGCAAGUGAGCCAUUAGUAUGUGAGCUGCCAGCAACUGAGCCAUUAAUAUGUGAGCUUCUGCCACCAAAUGAACUGUUAUCAUGUGAGCUGUCAGCAAGUGAGCCAUUAGCAUGUGAGCUUCCAGCAAAUGAGCCAUUAGCAUGUGAGCUUCCAGCAAAUGAGCCGUUGGUAUAUGGGGGAAAAGAAUUAGCUCUACCCACUAGCACCAUUUCUCAAAAUCAUGCAAAAGCUGUGGUAAAUAAUGCUGUUGAUAUGUUCAACAAUCAAGAAGAAAUGGAGAUAUAUAUAGAAAGCGCUGAGGUAGAGCCAACUACAGUAGAAGUAUUGAGCUUUGAACCAGCCAUGAAAAAACAAAAAAGAGAGUCAAAUGCUGAAGAAUGUAAUGUACCAUUGGAGAACAUUAAGGGAACUAAUAUAACAUCUGGAAUGCAUGUUCUUCUUGAGAUUCCUAAGCCUUCUACACAAGUCGUAAUUGAAAAAAAUAGCUGCCAUAUAAAAAGGAUGAUGGAGAUAAAUGCUAUUGAAGGAAAAUUUUGUUCUGUUGAUUGGUGCUUUAGUACUAGUAUGGUUGAUGAAUUUAUUAAGUUUUAUUGUUUCCCAUCUCAUGACAAAGACCUUUGCAAGCAGUGGAUCCGUUAUUGUGAAGAUGAGUCUCUCUACCAGCUACCACCAAAUCAAUUACUUUUACGAAAAAUUUGUGAAAAACAUUUUUCUGACAACUGUUUUAUAAAAAAAAUAUUGAAGAAUACUGCUUCCCCAAUUCCAGUAACUCCACUUGAUGAUGAGCUUUUUUUAUCAAAUGGUGUAUGUGAAAAUUAUGAAAGCUCUGAUGAAUCUCUUCUUGAUUUUUCAUCUGGAAGUGGGGAAAUCUGGAAUCCUGGACCUGAAGACUUUGAUAGUGAUACUUCAAUUACUGAUGUUGAACAGGCAAGAAAUGAAAUUUCCAAUUGUAGGCCUACCCUAUCUCUAGAACUUCCAGCACCUCAGGCCAACAAUCACGCCAAUAAUAAGAGAUUGAAUGCACCAGUGUGCGCAGCGCGUAGGGCCGUGGCGGCAUGGCACCGCGGCCGACCUACAACAAUCAUCCGCUAA